AUGUCACAUUCGAAAUACAACAAGCUCUUGGCAGAAGCCAUGUUGGAGUUGAGUCGUCUCCUAACUAAAGAACUACCUGCUAAGCCGCCUUCCCCACAGAAAGACCGAGUUGUGUUUGUCCAGCAGGUGGCCACACUUUAUGUGCGUUACAUCCAGAUAUUCAGGAAACUGGAGACGAUCUAUGACCAGAUGAUCCAGCCUCAGAAGAGACGAGCUGUUCGGGGAAUUCUUGACAGUGUCAUAGGCAGGGUCCUGGAGCUGAAGAAUGAAUUGGUAGAAAAGGAGUUUUCAGAGUACCAUUAUGUGAAUGAUAUCCUUCUGUCGCUGAAACUCACACAUGAAAAACUUGAGAUCCCCAUCCCUCACUACUUUCUCAGUGAGUGCAGUAAAGUAGUCCAAGAAAGGAAGGGGAUGCUGACGGAUCUCUUUAAAAUGAUGGAAGUUACUGAAAGCCUUGGUUCACUGACGACUGAGGAAAUGAGUCAAGAGGAGGCCAUUAAAAUAAUCCAAAUAGAAGAGAGGGCUCGACAAGGGCGUCUGAGGGCAAAGUUAACUGAAGAAAGCUUAAGGCUCAACAGAAGAAAUGCUGAAACACUUGACCAAAACUCAGCCGCCAUCUGUAUUCAGAAGGUGUGGAAGGGCUACGUUCAGAGGAAGAAGUCAAAAAUUGCACAACGUGAAGAGAUGAUUUGUCUGGGAAUGGUUAUGGAUCCAAAAUAUGAUGGGCCUUCCCCUGCACAGAUUGAAGCCGAAGCCAUUGAUGCUCACAACUCAAUCAAACAAAAAGAGGUUGAGGAAUCAUACCAAAAAUCUUUAGAAGUUGUUAAAAACCAACUACAUGAAAAGGAAGGUUAUGACAUAAGAAAGACCCUGAAAAGCCAGAUUCGGGAAUGGUUCUUCGAAUGUCGUAAUGCUACAGGGGUGUUCCCAGAUUACCCAGAUGAAGAGGAUGGAGGCUCAGCCCUCAUCUUUAUGGAAAAGAGUCCUUUGCAGUUAAUGAAGGAAAUGGAUGAAGCAAAAAAUGGGGCCUCUAACACCAAAUCGAAUGGGAAAGAAGAAACAAAGGAGAACGAGAAGGCCAAAAAAAAGGGGUCUAUAAUAGUGAGGGAAGAAGAUGAGGAGGCAGGGUUGAAGAUGCUGCCGUCUGCGUUCCUGUCAGAGUUGGAAGCGAGAUACAAAAGUUACAUGGAUGUUUGGGGAACCCGAGAUGUUUCUGGAUGCUUCCAUGAGGAAUUUGAUGUGGAGCUUAUGAAGGAAGAAUUGAGAAAAGUUGUUGAAGCAGAACUUCGAGUACAGGUAGAUGAGGAGAUGCGACAGGAGCUGGCUGAGCUGAAGCUGUCUGUGGAUAAAAACAUGCGUGUCAAAACAAAAGCAGAUGCCAAGAAGAAGAAGGUGAGUGGGAAGUCUAAAAGUGGGAAGAAGAAGGAAAAAGAAAAAGACCUGACAGCUGAUAGGACCCUUGAGUCUCUGUGUCAGGAGCUGGUAGAACAGGGCUUAUUAAAACAGGCAAAUAAUGUGAAGAUGAAGGAUUAUCUGGGUGACUACAAUUACCUCGGGAGCACACUUAGGCUCAAUGACAUCGAACCCAUGCCGUCAUUAUUAGAUGUGCGACAAGUCUUAUCUUUAUAUGCAGUCUUGCCAUUAGGCUCUCAAGAGGUGCAUGAGAAGGCUCCUUUGAUAAAGGCCAUACUACUGGUAGGGCCGUCAGGUGUAGGAAAAAAGAUGCUGGUCCAUGCGAUUUGCCAGGAUGCAGGGGCCAACCUGUUUGAUUUGUCCCCCCUAAACAUAGCAGGAAAGUAUCCAGGCAAGAAUGGGCUUGAGAUGAUGCUUCACAUGGUGUUGAAGGUUGCAAGACUUCUGCAGCCAUCAGUAAUAUGGAUUAAUAAUGCAGAGAAAAUAUUCUACAAAAAGAUUCCCAUUGAAGACAAAGAGCUGGACCUUAAGCAGCUGAAAAAAGAGCUGCCCGAGUUGCUGAAACUGAUCAAAGGAGAAGAUCGUGUCCUUGUAAUAGGAACAACUGAGAACCCACAGAGUGCUGAUACUGACUCUUUGUGUAAAAUGUACACCAAAAUCAUCCUCAUCCCAAGACCUGACUACGGCUCAAGAUACAUUUUGUGGAAGAAACUGAUCAAACAAAGAGGAGGUGCUGACACGUCUCCUUUGUUCAGCGUUCUUGCAAAGGUUUCCGAUGGCUACACUUCAGGUCGCAUCGUCCAGACUAUCAAUCGUGUGGUUACCAAACGGCGUAUCCAGCAGCAGGCCAGAAAACCACUGAGCGCUUCAGAGUUUAUACCCAUACUGGCCCAAAUGGACCCCGUGUUUAAGGAGGAGGAGGAGGCACUAAAAAACUGGUAUGCCAUGACACCUCUGGGACAGAAGAGAAUCAAAGCUGCCACCGGAAAGGGAACAAAAGCACCGCCACCUAAAGGCAAAGUUGCAAAGAAGAAGAAGAAAAAAUAA